UCUUUUUGGCGAGAGACAGCUUUAGUUUGUUAAAGAAAAAGGAGAUAAGCUUUAAUUGUUCCUCUUCUCCUUUUCCUCUCUGAGCUUCAACUUUCUUUUCUCUGCGAUUCCCUUCCCCUGUUUCUCUCUCUCUCUCUCUCUGAGCUUAAAACCCCUGUACUUCUCUUGAGCCCAACUUCAAUUCUGCUAUUUCUGCGAGGAAACCAUGUCUUUCAUUGGAGAGGCAGCCCUAUCGGCUUUGAUGGAAGCGUUGUUGGCCAAGUUGGUCUUACCUGAAAUGCUGAGCUUCUUACGUCAAGGGAAAGUAGAUGCUGAGAUUAAGAAGUGGGAAAAAAUGUUGCGCAAAAUUCAGUCUGUUCUAGAAGAUGCAGAGGAGAAGCAAAUGACAAACAAGCAGGUGAAGAUGUGGCUGAGCGAGCUCCAAGACUUGGCUUACGAUGUGGAGGACAUCUUGGACGAGUUUGCUAUGGAAUCUUUGCAACGCAAGCUAGAGGGAGAACCUCAAGCCUCCACAAGUAGGGUUCGAAAACUCAUUCCAACUUGUUGUACUAAUUUUAGUCCAAGAGCUGUCACGUUUAAUUUUGAGAUGCUGUCCAAGAUAAAGGAGAUAACCACCAGAUUCAAAGACAUUACAGCGCAGAAGGAUGAUCUGAAUUUGAGAGAGAUUGUUGUGGGGCCAUCUAGACAGGUAUGGCAACGACCUCAGAGUUCAUGUUUGCAAGAUGAACCUCAAGUGUAUGGCAGAGAUGAAGAUAAAAGGAAGAUACUUGAUUUGCUCUUAAGUGAUGAAACAAGCAGUGCAAAGGUUGGAGUCGUACCCGUUGUUGGGAUGGGUGGGGUGGGUAAAACAACGCUAGCCCGGCUUGUAUACAAUGAUGAAGCUUUGUUGCAUUUUCAUCCCAAAGCAUGGGUUCAUGUGUCUGAAGUUUUUGACAGUUUGGGAAUAACAAAGAGCAUUCUUGAGUCUAUCACUUUGAAGCACUGUGAAAUGAAGGAACUUAAUCAAGUUCAACUGGCAUUACAGAAAGAACUAGCAGGGAAGAAGUUUUUUAUUGUUUUAGACGAUGUUUGGAGUGAGAAUUAUGAAGAUUGGAUUGCUUUACGUCCCCCUUUUAUGAAUGGAGCACCAGGAUGUAGAAUACUAGUGACAACAAGAAGUACAAUUGUUGCACAAAAGAUGGGGACAGUUGAUUUUCACAGGCUGGAAAGUAUUUCAGAUGAUGAUUGUUGGUUGUUGUUUACAAAGCAUGCCUUUGGGAAUGGAAGAGCUAAUGCACCUGCAAAUUGGGAAAUCAUUCGUGAAAAAGUCAUAACUAAGUGUGGUGGCUUGCCUUUGGCAGCUAGAACUUUGGGUGGCCUUUUGCGGGCAAAACAUGAAAAUGAGUGGGAAGAUAUGUUGAAUAGCAAUAUAUGGAAUACACCAGAUGACAACAGUGGUAUUCUUCCUGUGUUAAGAUUAAGUUAUCAUCAUCUUCCCUCAAAUUUAAAGAGGUGUUUUGCCUAUUGUGCAAUUCUUCCGAAGGAUUAUGAAUUUUUGGAGAAGGAAUUGAUCCUUUUAUGGAUGGCAGAAGGUUUGAUUCAGCCGCUUGAUGGUGAAAGACAACCAGAAGAUGUAGGUGCCGAGUACUUUCAGGAUCUAUUGUCCAGAUCACUUCUUCAAGCAUCAAUUAAGGGGGAAUCCAUGUUUGUAAUGCAUGAUCUUGUGAAUGACCUAGCACAGUGGGUUGCUGGAGAGACCAGCAUCAAAUUGGAGAUUAAGUCAAUGGUUGGUGAGCAAUUCAAGAAAGAAAGAGCUCGUCACUUGUCUUACAUUCCUGGCGAAUUUGAUGGCAUCAAAAGAUUUGAACCUGUUCACAAGAUGAAGUGUUUACGAGCCUUCUUGCCUUUGCCACUUUACAAAGGUAACUGCUUGACAAAUAAUGUUCCUUCUGAUUUGUUGCCAAAGCUAAGGUGUUUAAGAGUGCUAUCAUUUGAGUGUUACAACCUCUAUGAGUUACCAGAUUCAAUUGGUGACUUGAAACGUUUAAGGUACCUAAACCUUUCAUACACAAAAAUCAGAAUUGUACCUGAGCCUGCAACUUCACUAUACAGCUUACAAACACUGUUGUUGGAGGGAUGUCGACAUAUAAAGAAAUUGCCUUCAAGAAUAGGAAAUUUGAUUAACUUGCGCCAUCUUGAUUUUGCAAAUGUCAACUUGGUAGACGGGAUGCCAGUGGAAGUAAAAGAAUUGAAAAAUCUCCGGACACUGUCUUAUUUUCCAGUCGGCAAAAGUGGUGGACUUAAUAUAUCAGCCUUGGCGAACUUAAAAUUUCUGCGAGGGAAACUCCACAUUACAGGAUUGGAGAAUGUGAUUGAUGCUCGACAUGCUUGGCAGGCCAACUUGAUAGAUAAAAAGGACCUAGAUGCUUUGCUACUAGAAUGGAAAGACGAUGUUAUGCGGAAUGAGAGACUUGACAAAGAUAUUCUUGAUGGGCUGCAACCUCAUAGAAAACUAAAAGAACUCACUGUGAAAAGCUAUAGUGGCACCAAAUUUUCCUCCUGGGUAGGGGAUCCUUUAUUCCAUAAUCUGGUGUCCAUAAGGUUAGAGGACUGCAAGAAUUGCAUUUCCUUGCCACAACUUGGCCUACUUUCAUCUCUCAAAAACCUUUUUGUCAAAGGGAUGUCUGGUGUAAAACAGGUUGGUCAAGAAUUUUGUGGGGGGAACAAUUUAAAUCAUUUUCUAACUCUCGAGACUCUGCACCUUAUUGACAUGGAUGAAUUGGAAGAAUGGAAUCCAUGUGAGGUUGAAUUCCCAUGCUUGCAUGAGCUUGAGAUUAAAGAUUGUCCUAGUCUAUCAGGGAAGUUACCCAGCCAUCUUUCUUCAAUUAAAAGGCUUGUGAUUAGGAACUGUUUCCAGUUGGUGGUUUUGCUUCCGAGCCUUCCAAUGCUCUGUGAACUGGAAAUCAGAGAAUGCAAAGCGGUGGAUUUUACAAAUAUGGUUAACUUUGGGUCUCCAACUUAUGUGGUACUACAGGGAAUUUCAAAUUUCUUAUCACUUACAGAGGAGUUCAUGCUAGGAUUACAAAAGGCCAAAACUUUGACCAUUAAGGGACAUUUUCCUUGCCCACGUCAGUUCACUUCUGAGGCUAGCAGUCAGCUUGAAAUUAUGAAAUUAGAAUUUUGUGAAAGCCUGCUGCACUGGUCUCUUAACCUAGCGUCCCUUAGACUGCUAACAAUUGACUGGUGCACAACACUUGUUUCCUUUCCAGAAGCUAGUUUUCCUCCAAUGCUGAGAUCCAUUCGGAUUAGAAGGUGCAUGGCUCUCACAUCUUUGCCAGAUUACAGCAAUGCUUGUCUUGAAGACAUGGAAAUUUCUUUCUGCAACUCUCUGGUGUCAUUUGGAAUAGGCCAGCUACCUCCAACUCUAAAAUGUCUGGAGAUAAGACAUUGCCGGAAUUUGCAAAGCUUGUUGGAUGAGGAAGAAGGUUCUUUUUCCUCUGGUAAUACAUCCAAUCUUGAGUAUUUGCAAAUUUACGAAUGUGACUCUCUUACGUCAUUAUCAUCUGGAACGAAGUUAUUACCCCGGCUAAAAGAGCUUCGCAUUUGCCAUUGCUCAAGGUUGCAGUCAAUAGCUGAGAGAUUUGGCAACACAUCUCUCGAAUAUAUGAAGAUUAAAUAUUGUUAUAAUCUUAAAUCUUUACCAGACAACCUUCACAUGCACAUCAAUCUCCGUAAGAUAAGCAUAGUUCACUGUCCAAGUCUUAUUUCCUUCCCAUGCAGAGGGUUGCCUCCAUCCUCUUUGAAACGGCUUCAGAUUGAAGUUUGUAAGAAACUUGAGGCCCUUCCUGAUAACAUACACAACCUCACAUCUCUUCAAGUAUUGGUACUACAUAAUUGUCAAGGCAUUGUAUCAUUUCCAGAAGAAGGUUUUCCGGCCAACCUCGUGAAACUUGAUAUUUCUUUUAGCAACAUCUGCAAGCCACUGUUUGAGUGGGGGUUGCACAGAUUUGCUUCUCUCAGAGAACUUUGUAUUCGAGGAGGAUGUUCAGACCUGGUAUCCUUUCCACAGGAUGAAAUGGGAAUGAUGCUGCCUACCUCACUUACCGACCUGUCCAUUGGAGACUUUCCGAAUCUUGAAUACCUCUCUAUUAAGGCGUUUCAAAACCUUGCCUCACUUGAACUUCUUUCGGUCCAGAAUUGCCCGAAGUUGGCCUCUUUCCCAAAGAAUCUGCCUCCAUCACUUUUGGCACUGUAUAUAAAUAAUUGCCCUCUGCUAAAACAAAGUUGCCAAAAGAAUAAGGGGGAAGAAUGGUCCAAGAUAGCCCACAUUCCCUGUGUUGAGAUAGAUAUGAGAUCUGCCUUUAAACCAGAAAAUGAUUCUGAAGAGGAUGAAAUGGAUAGUGAUGAAGAGGAUAAAAUGGAAAGUGAUGAGGAAGAAAUGGAUACUGAACUUGGAGAGGAAGAAACAGAUAGUGACUCUGAAGAGGAAGAAUAAGAGAAUUAAAGCUUGUACAAUUUAUAAUACAGAUAGACAGUGUUCUGAUAGUGUGAUGAGGCUGCUUAUGUUUUCAAGACGUAAGCUGACUGCCUUCCUAUAAAGGAUACACAAGGAAACAGGUUUGUCAGUACUCGUAACAUUUAGUUUUUGGUUAGCUGUUUGUGUCCUGCAGAGGACACUGAUCAAAGUUGCAAUCUAUUUUAGGAGCUGGUUAUAUCAUCUGUAAGAAGCGACAUUCUAUUUAGUUGGCUAUUAUGAUACAUUGCCGCAUAUGAUUUCUGCUGUAGCAGUCAUAUCAUGAAGAAGCCAAUCCACAUUAACGAUUGAUAGGAAGUUUGAGCAGCCAUCAUGUAGUUUGCAGCAGGUUAAUGUUAUUUUUGGUUUUUAGCCUUCUUGUUGACAGGUCAUUGAAAAUUGAUAUCUUAAGUUAAAGAAUGAUAAGAGGGAGGAUUCUUGAUUCUCCAAAAACUGUGUCUCACAGAGGAAGAAAUACACCUAUUGCACCUUCACGUUAUUAGAAGAUGUAAUAUUUUAGUGCAAGCAAACUUGAUAUGCAUGUGUGGUACUUUCAGUUCUUGUAGGUGAGUCUCUUAUUUGGCUACUUAAACGUCACUUAGGAAUAUAGGACUUCUUAUGUAAAGAGAUCCCAAACCCUCCAAUGGUCCAACCUGAUAAAUUGUUACUCUUUUUUCAUUGUUCAGGUUGACAUCCGUUUCUCUGAAUCAUAUGCAUUGUCUGCUUCUGCCGCUGCAGGGAUCCUCUUUAAAGAUAAGCAUGAAGUGAAGAAGACAAGUCUGAACUCUCCACGAGAACGGGAAUAUUGAGACAAAUGUCUGUGUCAAUGAAUGGCGUGCUGUUUUUCUCGCUCUUUUAUCCACUGACUGGUCUCGCAGAGCUGAUCACUAGAAGAAGAAACAAGAAGAAGAUUGGCACAGCAAUACCCGUCACAAUAAGAGAAUUGUGAAAGUUAUGAUUUUUGCUCAUCAGGACACAAAACCUCAAACAUUGGGAUCGCUUUUUAAUAGAAGGGUGAGCAGCUAAACCUCAUGUCCUUUGAUGGGGUUGUCCUCUACAAAGCUGAGACAGCUUUGAUUCUGAAGAAGUUCAUAGCCUUCCUGAACCAGCUGCACAAACUCACAUCUCAUCAAGGAAUAAACGAUGGAAGUCAUCAUUGGCAUAUUCAUGAAAUGCCCUCAAACCUCCAUUAUCACAAAUUCAUAAAAAUCUUCCACCUUUCAAAAAUCAAAAUCAGUGAUCAGAAACAAAAGCCAACGAGUCAUUGCAUGUACUUUUAUCCCAUUUCAAUUUGAUACUUUUCCUGUAGAAACAUAUUAACUGUAUAUAUAUAUAUUCAAAAUAAUUUCAAUCUUAAUUGAUUUUAUGCCA